CUUCUCAAUUUUCUCAUUUUUUCUUCGUAUUUUUCGUCUCGAAACCAUAGCUAUGAUCUUCUGUCGGCAAGUUGUGGAUUGUAUCGAGGAGUGUGAAAUUUGCGUAUUUGUUUUGUUUCUCGCUAAGUGAUUCGAAAUCCGCAUUUUAGUUUUCCACGCGGUUGCAGAAUUGGAGAAGUUUGAGUAUCUUAGGAUUUGUGAAGUGUGAAAUUUGUAGCGAAUCAGGCGUGGCUUGUGGUGGUUUUGGUUCAUUUCUGCUUUGAUUGUUGUUUUUCAAUAUUGAAACUCGUUUUUGGAUUUGUUAGGUUUCUUCGUGUUGGCAGCGUUUUUUGCUAGAUAACGGAAAAUGUUUUGUAGUUUGGGUAUAGAUAUGAUAGUAUUUUGGUGAUUUGUGGUAUAAUGGUUAGCUCUCGAAUUUUGAAUGUUCAUAAAGAAUGAUCCCUGGUGGCAUGAAAAACCGGAGCUGCUCGUCAUAGUUCUGUGGAAGAAUAUUAGUUAUGUUUGGUUUGAAGAGACGAUUUCCCUUUUCAUUUCUUGUUUUCACUUGUAUUGUUACAGUGUUUUGUCACUUUAUAGUGUAAACUGGAAACCAAGUGAAAACAAAGUUGCAGUUUGGUAAUUAAAAGUGUAAACAAGUACUGCAAAUAUAAAGUGUUUCCUGAAACCAAAUGGAUCUUUCACUCUUUUUGUUUGAGUUAGACUGCAAGCUUUGGCUUGAAGGUGAAUUAGCUAUAGAAUUGAUCUGAUGAGAAGCUGUUCCUCAACUGGAAUUGGGGGGGCAUGACUGUUGAUAUUAGUAUUUGAAGCAGGAACUGAUCUCGUAAUUGUUCACGGCGUCUGAACAUGAAAAUAUGGCUUUGUUAUCUUCUACUUAUGGGUUAAAGAGAUGUCUCCUGCGUCGCGAUCCAAGUCUAAAGACAAAAAAGCAAGCAAGGAAGCUCAGAAAGCUUCUGUGAAGUCCACAGGAUCUGGUAGUGCAGCAGCUGGUAUUCCAGCGAGUGGAUACAAUCCAUUAUUAGGAACGUUCCAUACUCUGGACAUUUCAGUGGCACCCUCCACCUCACCAAUACAUUCUAAUGGUCGUUUUCGGAACAUAGAUGAGACAGAUGAACACCCUGGCAGCUCGGUGGUAGCCGGUGUUGAAUAUGAUUCUGUUUCUAACAAUGGUAGUUGGUCUGGUGAGUCUGAAGACCAUAAAGAGAAAACUUCUAAUCCCCCUGUUCGUUUGGAAGCAGUUCCUGGAGCUGAUAAUGAUAAGCGAGAGAAAAUCCGCCAAAAGAAUGAGAGAAAACAUCAAAGGCAGAAGGAAAGACGGGCACAGGAGCUGCGUGAGCGGUGCAGAGGAUAUCUUAUGUCAAGGAAACUUGAGACACUUGCUCAACAGUUCGUGGCUAUGGGAUUUUCUCAGGAACGGGCAACAAUGGCACUGGUAUUGAAUGAAGGUAGGGUGGAGGAAUCAGUAGCAUGGCUAUUUGAAAGUGGUGAAGAAGAUGGUCAAAAUGAUAAAACCAUGGGUAGGGGGGGCAAUUUGAAAAUUGACAUAUCAGAAGAGCUUGCUAGGAUUGCAGACAUGGAAAUUAGGUAUGGUUGCUCAAAACAGGAGGUUGAAAGAGUCAUUGUUUCCUGUGAGGGUGAUCUUGAAAAGGCUGCAGAGACCUUGAGAGAAACAAAACAUGAUCCACCAUCCGCUCCUCCAAAGCCAGAGGAAACUGGUGAUCCUUCUAUCAUCAACAAUGGUAAGCAGUCAGGAGUUUCUAGUCAGAACCCAAGGUCACAAACCAAACCUGUUCCUUCUCCGAACCAACACAAAACAGAUGACAAAGAUUUUAACUAUACAAAAGCAGCAAUAACGAAUGGAGUAUCCUCAGAUUCAAGUAAUAAAAAUAUGCAACCGCUAAAGAGAAUGCCACCUAAGUCUGAUUGGGUAAAGCCACAACAGGCCACUAUACCAACUGACAAAAGGUGGUCUGGUGCAGGAUCUAAUCCUUCUGUUUCUUAUACAUUGACAUCACCGUUGCAAGUGUCACCCCCACCUGCUAAGACUGAUACUCGUUUUGUGUCUGUUGGAGGUGAUUAUAAGAACCUUCAACCUGGAGUAGCCAAAGAACCCAUAGUUGUAAUGCAGCGGCCCCAAACUGUAAAUGCAAAGCAGAUACCAGCCGCAAGCAUGAGUUCAUCGCCUCCUGGAAUAUCUGCGAGUUGGUAUCCAUCGAAUAAUGUAGAAGGUAUGAGGUCUAAUAUGUUUUUACCCCAAGCUCCUAGUACUAGAAGCCCUAGUCCAAACUAUCGAGGUUCUAAUCAAAUGUACCACCAACUUCAAUAUCAACCUCAACAACUGUUUGCUGCUGGCAGCAGCAAUUCAGUAGAUCCUCAAGCAGCCAACCGAGGCAAUAGCAAUUGGAAUAGAGCGGGUCCGUCUCAAGCAAUUGCUGCUGCAUCUUCACUUGGUCUCUUUUCAGGGAAAGGUUCAGCAGCAACAUCAGGGGCAUCUUCUCCCGUAGACUGGAGCACCGGUGGGUCGAUGCAGUUUGAUUAUACAAGCAUAGAUUGGUCUUUGGAUAGAGGUUUAUCUUCACCAAAGUCAAAUACUUUAUUGUUGGGGCUUUCACCUUUUACAAAGACUAGGGCUCAAAUGCAUGAUUCUAAUGCUUCUGGAGUAGUUGCUCUACAACAGACAAUGAGACCAUUGACCUCAAAUGGGAGCAAUGUCCCCGCUCCCGGUUUGCAAGAUGGUGGAGCAGCUGCUGGUGAAAGUUCUACUGCAGGUUCCCGGGAGUGGAGUUCUCCUUUUGAAGGGAAAGAUCUUUUUAGUUUACCGAGACAGUUUGUUUCUUCUCCAUCUCGGUAAAAUGAUAGGAGAUAUAAUGAAUGAAUAAAAUGAAAGAAAAACCCAAAAAUGUGUGUGGAUUUGUUGUUGGUUCUUUUGAUUCUAUAGUUUAUGUUUGUUGGUGAUUAA